AAGCUAGGUCAAUGUUGCUUGUAAAAGCUUUGAUGGAUCUUUUCUCAGAUAGUUCUCAGUACGUUGGUAAGAUUGGUACGAAGAGAUAAUAUUUGGGCAAUCAUCAACUGGGUAUGUACUUUGUGAAUAAAUUACUACUUCCAAAAUAUAUUGCAUUAGAAAACAGGAUGGGUUUUUAUUGGUUAUUCAUCAGAUAAUGUAGCAUAAUGUGUAAUUUAAAAGCUAUACAAAUCAUCAAGAUGUAAAACAUAGUCAUUCUGAACCAGAGCCACGAAACAGAUGCAUCUUCAAUUUAUCAUUUAUGCAUACACACAUACCUAUGUAUGUAUGUAUGUCUUCUACCUAUUCAGUUCCUCAUGAUUCGUCGAUACCGCCAGUGAGACUAAGUUGACGGGCAGCAAGCUCUUCAUAUUAAAAGCUGCGGAGCUGCUGGGAAUUGAUUUUGUAUUGCUUGGACCGUCUAAACUGGUCAAACAACCUUUGCAACUGCGAUCGUACCACUUGCUCAAGCUCUUCAUCGUUGGCUUUGAGCCAACAGCGAAGUGGUUUUGCUGUCCAAUUCAGUUCACUGGCUUUCGUUUGCAUGAAUGGUUCUGCGUGUUCCUUGAAAGAGUAAGCGGUUUACACACAUACACAUAUGGAGUUAAAAAUGCUACAGCCCCGUAUAACACGGAAGAUUAGGCAUUUCGAGGAUAACUUCGACGAAUCGCAAACCUACUGCAACAACAAUAUGUACUGGAAGCAAUGUGAAGAUGGUCUGUUUUCUAUAUCUCGGGCAUUUUCCAUCAUAUCAAAAGAUAAAAUACUAAGCCUAACUUUGAUAGCAACGUUUUUCUUGUGUAUGGUCCAUUUUGGAGCUGCACAAACUGUUGGUGAACCUUACCCAGUGGAUCCAACACCAACAUUGCCGGUACUAGAUGUUACAACCGUGCUCUUGGUGAAUAAUGGGGCUGGGAGGGUGGGGGAUAGUCAUGGACGGUUCUUGACAGUGCGUCCAGAGGUUGGACUGUUGACUUCAACAGCGCGAACAUUUAUUCAGGAUGGAAUUACGACAGAAUUCGCUACCCAGGUUUUGGGUACUACAUUACAUAAUGGUCGUAUCUAUGCCCAGUAUAUAAAAAAAAGUUCAAGGGUUCUCUAUGAGAACGACCGCGUCGUUCCUUCUAUUGUUACAAGUUGGGUGGGUGGUGGUGGUGAUUAUUUACAAACUCGUUCGUUUCUGCAGAAUCACAAUGAUCUAUUUAAUGCUGAUGCCCCUGACUGGCAGGACAUCGACGAUAAUAUAGUGGAUCAUCGACUUGAAUUUGUAGGAAACACAGACUUUGUGAGCGUACAAAAUACAAGAGGCUCAGUGCUGGGGACAAUGGAGACCACCUCGUAUCUAGACAACAUCUCUACAUAUUCUUUACAAUCUAGCAAUACAGUCCUAUUGCAAUCUGACCAAAAAGCUGAUGUCAGAUCAAACAAUUUGAAUGCCCAGAAUUUUUUGUCUGGUGGAUAUUUGCCAACCAUAACAGUUAAAAAUUAUUUCGAGCAGAGUGUUUUCCGGCCAAUAGAGGAAAUCAAACAAACCGAUAGAGAUUCAUCUGAGUUUUUUGCAGACAUUAUGGAUGAUGGGCGGUCUCCGAAAGCUUACUAUCAACAAGAACAACAUAGUGGAGCAAAGACAGAUAAAAUAAAUUUUAUUUCGAAAGCACCAGCUCUUUCAACAACCAAACGAAUAUUGGCGACUGUAACCUACUACGGUUUUGCGGAUUUCACAACGAUCGUAGGUGAUAGCGUGAUUGUUUUUUCACCUAGCACUAUUCAAAGCAGUCUAAACUAUGGCCACGUCACGUCUAUUAAAGGGAAGCCAACUUUAAGAACCGAGUCCUCCAAUGUCUCCGAUGCAAUGGUUUUCAAAAAAAUUCAAAUUUUAUCUACUGCUAUUAAUCAAUGGAACUUCGGCCUAGACACAAGAACCGGCGAAGACUCAUCAAAUAUAAUAAAGGAGAAGAACAAUUCAGAUCAGUUUUCGGCUUCAGAAAUAAACCGGGCGCCAAAUCUUAAUUACGUUAUCAACGUUACGUCAGCUCAUGCUUUGUUAAGUCAAUCUAUCACAACUGAAACAAUUCAUAUGUCUUCUGGCCUACUGCCUGCCGUACCUCCAUUAGAACCCAUAGCCGAUAUAGAGAACCCAGCACAGAGUACAGCCAUAGUGCCCAGCGAUGAUACAAUUGUAGAUGAAUCAAGCAUUCAAGUACAUGGAGGAGCCACAACCGUUUAUAUUGAUGACGAUCCUUUUGCCAACUUCGUAGAUCCUACAGUUGUAUCACAUUCUAUUCUGUUAUCAACAGAUCAAAUCGAUUACGAAACAGUUACUGAGGGCAGUGACAAUUCUGAAGGCGCUGACGCAUCAACAGUGCCAUUUAAAGAAGACAAAGAAGAUGGUCCAACAACCACGGGAGCAACUGAAAACUUAACCGAAGACUUAUAUGAUAGCCCCCUUACAGAGCCUUUGCCACCCAUACCAAUAAACGAUAACAGCCAAAAUGUUACAGAAGAUUGUGAUCAAACAACAUCUCAAGUUUUCCUAACACAAUUGCCAAAGUCAUUGGGAUAUCUGCCUUUAAACACUGAGAAAAAACAUCCACCAAGAGAUGAAAACCCGCUCUCGGCAUACGAUAUUAUUCAGACCACUAAAUACUAUUGCAUACAGGCUUCACAGGUACAGCAGCUGGAAAAGCCCGAAAUGAAACUUGAGAGCGUAUUUAGAGAAGAUGCUACAACAGAGGCACAAACAGAACUUAUACCUACAGAAAUAUCGAAUAAGACAGAGGAAUCCACAGUUCACGAUACGGAGGACUUCGAUGUAACGACAGAUAAUGAAUAUGACAGUGAAGAUGAUGAUUACGAUACUGAUAAUGGUUCUAAUGAGGUUGAUUUAAUUUAUAAGACUCUGUACACAACAUAUACAUACCUGACGACCUUCUUUCAAGGUGCUUCUACUACUGUAUCAAGCCACACGGAGAUUGUCACCAAUCUUAUUUCCUCAACGGCCGGUACUGAAAUAUAUCAGAUAACAAAACCAACGGAUUCUAUCUUGACGGUUGCAGAGAUUGGAUUGGGUACUGCAAGUAUGUCCCAACAAACGGAAGGUAAAGUUUUAGCUUUAGCUUCCAAGUUUACAAUUCCUCAAGAGAUUGUCAGCCUGUUGCAGCCAAAAAGAGAACAACGGGAAGAAACAAACGUAGUUGUUGAUGAAAGUAAGAGUAAUAAACAGAAAACUGAAUAUCUUAAUGAUUCUAAGUAUACAAACACAUUGUUUACUACCUACACUUAUUAUACAUCGAUCUUCGCCGAUAAUGACACUGAUGUAACGUCGCGUACUGAGGUUGUAACAAAUUACAUAGCUAAAAAUUCGAUAAAUAAUUACUUUACCCAAACUCCAACUUACUUAAACACACAAAACACUACCCAGAACUUACAAACAUCAAAUCAGUUAAAAUUUAAGCCAUUCGAAGAUCGCGUUGAAAAGGGAGAACAUGUGACCGUAGUCAUGGAUGUGCGUUCAAAUAACGUUCAUGGCAACCAGCAAGUAAAUUUAAACCCGAAAGAUCUCGUGGAUGACCAAGUGAGUUCGGAAAGUAACACAGAAGAGAUAAUACCAUCAGCUACUGUGCUUCUUCAAACAAGCUUUACGACCUUUACCUUUUACACAACUAUGUAUGUCGGAGAUGAAACAAACGUUAUAAGUCGACUUGAAACAGUUACUAACGUCGCAACAGAAACUUUAAAGCCCACAAAAAUUUUAACCGUAGAGGAAGCGACCUUCCCUGUUACCUAUUUUACAACAUUUACUUAUUGGACUAAGUUAGCUAAAGAUGGUGAGAUUACAACACUAAGCAGAGAAGAAACGUUAUCAAAUGUAAUUGAACCGACAAAUCCAGGGUCGAUUGCUGAGGACGAAACACGUAGGUCGGUAGGCAAAUCUAACAGCACCACAGAUCCAAGUGAUGAUAAUAUUCAACAACAUCGGAUAACGGAUACCGAAAUUAUUGUUACUACCGGGAUGACUGAUCCGAGCUUGCGAUCUGACCUCACCACUUAUUACACCACAUUUACGUACUAUACCACAUCCUAUGAAGUCAAUGAAACUAUUACAAACUCUCGUUUGGAAACCGUGACUAAUGUGGUGACACCGAUGGAUGUUACCACAUCCAUGGCUGAUACUAUAUUGAAAACAGCUGAGGUGACCCAGCCAAGCGAGUUUUUGACGGGAAGUCUAAAUAAUAUAAUAACCAGACCAUCUGAUUUGGUCUUGUUUGACUAUAAACACAUUGUUGAUGCUGACGAAGUAAGCACCUUGUAUUUUACAACAGAAGUGUCAUCUUCGCUUAACGGCGAGGGAAUUGAAAUAGAAAUCACAAGUAGCACAUCAAGUUUGCAUAUUGAUGAAAUGAAAAAGUCUAGUUUGGCUAUGAUGAUAUCAAAUGAUGAAAGCCUAUCUAGCUCCGGGCCGUUCAAAACUGGUUUAGUGCGGCUAAUUGAAGGUACACGAAUCGGGAACGGCACAACUACUUUAUACCAGUCGAAGGUAAUUGGAACUGUGAUAGACAAUCGAUAUGCGCAGAUUAUUGAAAGUACGUCUAGCUUUCUCUUUGAGAAAAAAACUGAAGAUGCAGCGCUAUUGCCGACAUCUGACAUAGUCUCGGUUAUGCUCUCACACACGGAAAAUUCGAAAGUCCGUGCGGACUCUAGUAUCGAGCAUGAAGCAGAGCAAACUAUAAUAGGAGCUACCCAUAAUGAAAAUGGCGCAACAGCUUUGGACCCAUCUGAAACAUCAAAGCGCACAUUUGCACCCGUUAUUAGACCAUUUGCUUCACGGAAUAGGCCUACUUUCGCUCCAAAACAAAAAACGUUAAGUCCAAGUAGUGCUACUAUCAUAACAAGGUCUGAUAUAACACCUACAAUUACGGCAACUCCCGCCCUAAAAACAUCCGGCAGAUAUAGCUCAUCAAGACGAGGCGUUAUUUCAAAUGCACCAAUAAAUCAAAAUGAAUUUGGAUUACCUCAGUCGUCAAGACGCACUUUUGGUCGACCGAUAAAGCCAUCGAGCAGCUCUCUACUAAGCGAACUGAGCGGCAUCCCCCAGUCCAAUGUAGCAUUAGGACCCCCUAGAAAUCGAUUUGCAUCUUCUUCGCGCACUACACAGAUUGUAAUAAGCAGAAAACAAGGCAUAAAUUCUUCGUAUCGUCAAUCUAAUAGCCCAGGUUUUCGUGCUUCCGGAAUACUUGGCGGGAAUUCCAAAUUUCGCGUAAAGCCAACUAUAUCAGGAUCACCAACGAGUGAGCGCACGAUAACGAAAGCAGUGUUAAAAGACUUGAGUACAGAUAUUAGCGUUGAAGAUGAGAACUCCAGUGAAGAAUUGGUACAGAUAACUGACGAUGAAGAAAGCGCAAGACGCAAUCAGAACCCAUUGCUGCGACUCCGUCGACCUAUUAAUAGGCCAAGUGGGUUUACACCGGUCCCACGUUCAAGUGUGAACAGCUCUCCUGCUAUUUCACUUAGAAGAAACCCAUUGUCUGUCCGGGCAAAGACAACAUCUACAACCACUACCACCACAACGACUGCUAGGCCCCGGACUCGUAGUUUUCAGAGACCAACAAUAUCGAGCCUUCAGGCGCGGUCCAGGCCACAAAACAGCCUCUUUCCGCCACGUGGACUUUUCCAGACACAGCCAAGAGAUGAACCUCAAAAAGAAACGAAGAAAAACGAAAAUGACUCUGAAAAUGAUUCCGAAUACGAUGAUGACGAUGCCGAUGCCGAUGAUGAAGGGGAAGAUGACGCAUUAGACGAGGUGAAUCGUAGUAGGCGUUCGAACUCUAAAUCUCAAAAGAGGAAAACUCUUUCCCGGGUGCGACGGCAAGCAGAUACUUUAAACAGGAGUCGAUUUCGAUUUCGGCGACCAAGCUUGUCAAAGAUGUCUUCACUAGAAGAGCCAAUCGCUUCGAAUAAUGAAGAUUUAAAUGAAACCACAACCAUUUCCCGUGGUAAAAUAAGUUCUAGAUUCGGAUCAAGGUUUCCUUCGCCGCGUGGCCAACAGGUGCAUAGUCAGAAAGCGCAGCCCAGUUCCACCGCGGUGGCAAAUCAUCGAGCUAUUCGUCCAACAAGGCCAACUACUCCACGAACCCAGUUUACGCUAAGAGAGAAAGAUGCAAAUUCAAAUGGAGCUAAGCGUUCAGGUACACCAUCAAACUUUCGACGUCAACCAUCAACGGGAAGUCCCUCUGUAAGACGAACUAUAGGUACUGGAACUGGAGCCAGUCGUAGACUGAAGAGCUACAGUGGUCAUAACAACAACAAUAAUGCUGACAACGGGCGCCUAGUAGGUACGUCUCGAGCAAGAAAUGGAAACUCAAAUAGUUUGAAUAGGGGAAGAGGAUCUGUGCGUGGCCGAAACAGAAAUGAAUAUGUUCCCGAUUUGCAGUCAGUAGAGCUGGGUAAUCCCACUAUCACGGUUACCCACCUUAUACCAGCCGAGGUUACGGUACCUGUUAUUAAUGGCCAAAUAACAGAAUAUAAGAAUAUAGUGACUGCGAAGACCAGCACCGAGGUUCUGGGACCGAAACAAUACACGGAGAUUUUGGGACCAAAUGGUCAAAAGUCGACAUAUCUUACGCGAGAAGAAUCCAGUAUUAACAAUGCAGGUGUCACAGAGCUGACAAGAUAUCUCUUGCAUGAUUCUCUAACAACAACAGUUACUUUUACGCCGACCACCAUCCGCGGUCGAAAGACAUCCUUCUCCCACAUUCUACCAUCUACUGUGUACUCUGUAGAGCAUGUUGUAUCCACAGUGCAACCUCAAAUAUCUGCUAACGCUCCGCUCGCCAAUAUACUGCUUUCGCAGUUGCUGUUGGGAAAUCUUAAUUUGCCGGCCAAUCCCUUAAUUGGAGCGCUUGGACAGCAACAGAGCGCGAUACCAGCCAUAGUGUCCACCUCUGUUGAGCCAGUGACUGAAUACCGCACUCACACCUCCACAUAUGUAACUACCAUCUUCGAUGGAAAGUCAACCAUUCUCCCACUGACAUUUCAGGGGAAAAAGAUUUUGACUACUGUCUAUGAUACUACCGCACAAACUAUAACAGCUACGGAAUACAGCGUAGAUACUAUUGUGAACACCCCUAUAGUACCUCAAAAUGUGCAAUCAAUUGGACCUGUAGCGCAGGUAAACAGUUUGUUGUUGCAGCAGUUGCUUCUUCAGCAACAGCAAGAGCCAUUUUCGUUGUCUCAGGGCUUGUCCCACACUCAAUCACAGCAAUCGUUUUUGAGCGAAAAUUUGCAGGAUUUGGACGAAGCUGGUCGGGCAGCCACGCAAGUGGAUGAACUGGGUGAUAUGGACGAUGGAAUUGUGACAAUGAAUCGAAAGAAGUCUCGAAAGGCAAGCAAAGGACACAAACGAAGCAAGCAGCAUAAAUUUCAUAUUCCGCUAGAGGACACUAGCGUAGUGACACUAUACAUAUCGGGCCGCAGGCCUGGUGAGUUUAGCACUGUAUUGUCAACCGUGCAGAAUGGCUACGAUCAUUCUGCUGCCCUGCAAAAGAGACAAGCACAUUCACAAAUAAAAAAAACAGUAGCUUUGGGCCAGAAGGAAGUCAAUGAUAUGUAUGACACCGAAGAAAGUCAAAAUGUCAAUUUAUUUGUAUUACCCGAACAUGAUCACCUACAGCUCGAUAAAAAUACGCUCGACACAUUGUUGGAUUUAUACCAUGUUGGCUCAACAGAAGCUUUUGGAGAUGAUCUAAGGGGUCGAACAGCAUCACUUGAGAGCAUUGUGGGUGAUGUAGACCUUUGGUACUCGAAAUCUUCAAGCCAAUCCAUAUUUCAGGGCUCAACAAUAGAUUCCAUUGCGAUUGAUAAUAGUAGUACGUUUAAUUUUUUAGCCUAAAGGACCUCACUGAGCUAUCCCCGCUACAGUCGCAGGUCACAAACCUAUAUUCUGGCAUGGUACAACCUCAAAAACUCCCUUCAAUUUCCUUCAAAGGAAGUCAUAGAGCAAGACGUGAAGCUCAUACCAGCUUAUCUAUCGAUGAUUCUGGUACAAAAAAAAGGUAACAAAUCGCUUCUUGCGAAAGGUACUUGUUCGCCGUAAACCAUUGGAAGAACUGCAAUCACUAGUCAAAAUAACCACAAAUGCAAAAGGCAGCCCUAUUCCAAAGUCGCAUUCAUCCCAGACUAUGUACCCAAAGAAUUUUCGUGUUGUAAUAUUGAAGCGUAGAAUACCAGAUAGCCCAAUAUUUGCAUUAGAAAACACAGGCACAUCCCAGAUUGUUCUAGGUGAUGUUUCUCUGACUCCCGAUAGACAGGAAAAAUCACAGAAAGCAAUCACGCCUAGCAAACACAUAGAGGAUAAAUCAAUGGGAAAUCAAGAAGAAAAUCAUGGCCAGGCCCAGCCAAUUAUAUUAACUCAAUCAGAAAGCAGCUGCGCCGCGUGUGUCAUAUCGACCCAUAAAACAAAAGGAACGGAAGUGCUUACACGUACUUACACGUACGUCGUUGAUCGCGUACAAAACAACCAACACGAAGUACAGACGCACUCUACCUUCAUCCGAGUCAUUACAAAAACUUUCGAUAUCACACUGACUAUCUCAUCCAGCCGAUCUACUAAUUUUUCAGUAAUGCCCACAAAUAUCGUAGGCAGCCUUUACAUCUAACAUUGAUGCCCACAUACUCGUAUAUAAGAAAAUGUACAUACUUUUAUUAAUUAUUUGUUUGUUAGUUUUGUACAUUUUUUUACAACAUUUGAGUCGGCUAGACCUUUGAUUAAAAUAAAACAAAACAUUUGAAGUCUAGUUCUAAGGAAUGUUGUCUGAUGUUUUGGAGUCAAUGAGAGGGAAACAAAACAGCAAAUAAACACAUUCGAAGAUUGUGAAAUUUUAAAUUUCGAUGUAUGUAAAUUGAUCAAAUACCCAUAACAUUAGGAGAAAAGUAAGUUUUUGAGAAUUUUCACAGAAUUAUAUUAUAUGGAAAU